CUGAGUUUGCUUUUCCGCCGCUUCUCUCACGUUUUCAGACAAUCCAAGCAGAGACUCGUUGCGAGACUUCGUCUGGCAUCAAGGAACUCCGACUCCCUCUUCGCUCUGCAGGUUGAAAAAGCAUUGAAGCAUAAAAGCAUCUUGUAUACUCAUUCAUCCAACUCAGCUUGGGGGGAAAACGAUUUAAGGCAGUGCAUUUCUAACUACUACAAGAUGAGAAAACAAAGGCGAGGAGGUGGGGAGCGUUUGCAUUUCUCUAAGCAGCAUGAAAUUGAUUUUGCCCACCACCUUGUGAACAUGCAUAGAGCUACUGAAAUUAGGGACAAUAACAUUUCUAGCUAUGUGGUUCCCGAAAUCCAAUGGCGGUUGAACGGCCAAUACGGCACCUCCUUCACCUUUGGUAGUAUAAGAGCCAAAUACUAUGCUUUGCGAGAACUAACCAAACUGUACAUUGCCUUCAAAAGGUUGGGAACGGAAUUGGGUUGGGAUAGCCAGAAGUUUACCUGGCUUAUGGACGAUAACAAGUGGGCCGAGAUAGAGCAGGUGAACCCAAAAUUUGUAAAAUUUCAAAAUGACUGCUCAGUCUAUCAUUUACUUGAGGAGGUAUUUGUCAAUCAAGGCGCAACGGGAGACUUCAGCUCUGGCUUGGAGAACAACCCGCGUACUUCAGCCGAGAAGCAAGACAUGGAGACUGCUGCACGAUGUGCACGGGGAAAGGGAAGGUUAGACUAUGCGGCCGAGGAUGCUGAUAUUGAGGUAGUUGGGGUGAAUGAAGAGAAAGGGAAGAAGGGUAAAGGAAAGCGGAAGUCGGGUGAUUGCUCAAGCGGUAGUCCAAUGUCCAUCACCUCUGGUUCAGUAACUGGUAGAUACCUCAGGGCUCUUGACACUAUUGAGUCGCUGGUUAGUCGAAAGAAGAGCAGCGGCAUGAGUGUGUUAGCCAGCUCUCUGACCAAGCGUCGUUCUGGCCGCUAUCUCUCGAAGAAAUCGGACUAUGAAAUUGCCAUGGAAUAAUUUCGGGGAUUAGAGAACGUGGCCUAUGUAGCCAAAAUGGCCGCUGUUGAAAUAUUGAAGGACUCUCAAGAGUUGGCUAUUUGGAAUUUAGCUAGAUCAGACGCUGACCGCAUUACCUUUAUGAAGUUAAAAGGCUGUUUCCUGCCUGACCAUGGCACUCAGGAGCCCCCUCCCCCACCCCCGUUAAAGUCGUUUGUGCAUUGGGAGCACUUCUUUGAAGCUUGACUUGUUGCCUUUGUUUGUUUAUACUUGAGACAGUUAGUUAUAGCAUUUGCUAUCGGAACAUUUGAGUUUUUUUUUCUUCGAUUGUCAUUUGUUUAUUUAAAUUCUGGAUGCUUU